CAUCAUGAGGCUCUUCACGAAACCUGAGACCUUCCUGAUGGCCUCUGCACUGCUCUGUGCUCUCCUAGGUCUGGGAUACCCACUAAGCUGUGAGGUGUGUACGGGCCCCGGACCCACCUGCAGUGGAAGUGUGAAGACUUGCGACUCCCAUCAGGACUCCUGCGUGGUCAUCGUGGCUGAGACAAGCAAAAAGAGCUACCGGUCAGUGAACACCCACAAGGGAUGCAUCAAGUCUAGCGCCUGCAGCACUGGUUUCCUCUCCAUCACUGUGGGCCCUGAGAACUACAUGGUGUCCAACACACACUGCUGCCAGAGCGACGGCUGCAACCAUGAUGCGGUGCCUGCUCCCCAGAACAAUCGUACUGAGAACGGCCUCCAGUGCCCUACCUGCAUCGCACCCUUCAAGGAAACAUGCUCCUCGACUAAGGAAGUCCUUUGCGUUGGCCAGGAAACCCACUGCGUCGCCUUUGUUGGCAAAGUGCAGGCUGGUAUCAAGUUUGCUACUCAGGGCUGUGCUACAAAGAAUACCUGCCACACCAAGCCUGGGACCCUGGUGCCCUCAGCCUCCCACACCUAUGUCAUCAGCCAAGUCAAUUGCCUCCCAGGCCCCCAGCCUUCUGGCAAGGCUAAGUGAAGAACUGGGGCAUCUGUGGCAUUUGAUCUCCAUUCGUCCUCAUCUAC